AUGGUAAAUGAUAUUUUUACUUUAUACCCAAAUGUAACUAUUGAACCUUGUAGAGUAUCUCAAGAUAUGUUAGAAGGCUUAUUUGGUACAAUUCGACAACUUGGAGGUGAUUCUUCUACCCAGACACUAAAAGGAUAUGGCCAUGCAUUAAAUAAAUUUCAGAUUACUGCUAAAGUAACUGCUGAAGUAAAAAGUCUAAAUUAUGGAACAUCAAGUCAUACUGGAAUGGAAUUUGAUUAUCUUUCUCGAUGUGAUUAUAGAAGAAAAUCAUCAAAAGAUAAAAAUGUAUAUCCUAUCUUAUUAACCCAUACUGAAUUAUCUAAGAUGUCUUCUUUUAUGCAACGAGUGUUUAAAAGUCUUCUCUUAGACGACCUGUUUAUGGGAAGAAUCAACAUUCCAACAUUAUCUUUUCGUACUGAAGCUGAUCAACAAAUUCAACAAAUUCUUCUUCUUCAAAUUGAACGUCAGCAGCUCUUUAAUUCAUUACUUUAUAAUAAUGAAAUUAUUUUAUUACUAGAAAAAUGGAAAAAAGAUAUUAAAAAUAUUGCCCUAAAAUCAAUACCUAAAAGAAAAGGAAAUCUUUGGAUGACCACAUGGAUUUCUCACCUGGAAGCUAAUUUGAAUAACUAUAUUUGUUCAGGAGUUUGGUUUCAGCAAUUCCAAGAGGUUAUAGUUUCUCAAAGUUCACUUUCUACACAACGAUUAGUUGCUUAUUUUCUUAUUCAAAAAUUGUUAGAAGAAACAUAUAAGAGUGAGUUUAAUGAAAAUAAAAACAUACAAGAGCAAGCAGAUCCCACUUUAAUUCCCAAAGUCAUUAUUACCUUAAAUCGUGCUGAAGCUUCCAAAUUUUCUUAUAUUGUUGGUUGGAUACUCUUCAAGUUACUUAAAAGAGACCAUUUGAUGAAUUCACAUCCCAAAUUUUCAGUUAUGCGAAUUUUACUUGGAGCUCUUUGCAUUGAAAAGGUUGAAUAUACGAUAGAAACAAAAUUACAAACUACCAAUGUUAUACCCGGAUCUGAAUUUCUUAAGUUCAUGUAUCACCUAGAAUCUCUGGUAAUUGAAUUGUUUGAAAAACAUAGUGUGCUAGGGCCAAAUAUUUUAUGUUAUGUGAAAAACAGCCUUCUUAUCAAUUUACAUUUAAACCAGAUGUUUAUUGAGGUUUUAAAAUCUUCAAAUGAGAAAACAAAUGUUGAAUUGGAAAAUGAGGAAAUGAAAUUCAUUUAUGAAAGAUGUGUCUCAAUCUAUAUGAAGAGUCGUCAAAAAACAUGGAGAGAUGUUAAUAAUUAUAUUCCAGAAAAAGGUACAGCAAGCUUACGAGAAAAUCUAAAGGUGAUGCGCUCUAGUAACUCUACAGUAACUUCCGAAAACAAAAAAUCUACCAUUAUAAAAAAGGCAUAUUUGCCGUCUGAUCCUGCUAAUGCUUUGGAACAACUUCGUGCAUGGGCACAACUUGAAGAAGCAGAAGAGUCAUUUGCGAAAGUCUUUUUGGUGCAAGAGUUAUUAUGGUUAGUUUGGGCGUUUGGAAUAUCAACACAAUAUAAAAGAAAACAAAAAUUGUAUUCUAUUAUUGAGAUCAUUUGA